AUGCACAGAACGUACGGCAACCUUGAUCUGCAAAAGCUGACGGCAUCGGAGCAGACCAUGCGAUUGAACAAAAGGGAACCACGAGGUGCAGGCUCGGACUUUUCUACCAACCUGAUCAAGAGUUUCGUCCUUGCAAACACCGGCCUACAGGCCUCUGACGAUAGAGACCGUGUAUUUGCUCUCUUUCCUAUGGCUCGCAUCCGAACGACCGAACCUCUUGAUCCAUUUCCCGUAGACUAUGGUGACAAUCUAAGUGAAGUCUACCAACGUGCCACUAAGUAUCUUAUCAACUCUCUUCGAAGCUUUAGAUGUCUCGAGGUAUUCCGCAUGCACAAGCGUCUGAACUCAAUACCAAGAUGGGCUAUUGAUUGGAGGUAUGACUCUGGUGCUCAUUGGCCGUCUUCGAGAGGAAGGCCCUUGCAAGCAGCUCCCGCACAAGACCCGAAGGAUAUGGGUAGACUCAUGGUUUCAGCAAUUACUCUUACAGUGCUGAAGAUUGACAGAGCCGCGAUCAAAACUGAAAUGAUCAAUUCUGUACGUUUUCAGAACAUUCCAGCCGGGCAACCUGGAAUCGAUCUCGAUAAACGGGUUUCCGAGCAGAAUCACUUCGGGAGCAGCUCAGUACGAUCAUUCAACGACUUUCUCCGGGGCAAAUCCUACAAACGCAUGCUUUACUGGGAUGACGAACCUCGUUUUGGAGUGUGGGUUCCCGUCGAAACAUUACCUGGAGACUUACUGGUCCAGUUUCAGGGAGGCUGCAUGCCCUUUGUCGUCCGUCCAUCCGUCAUGCCAGCCGUGACGUCCAGGGGUGAGGCGGCAUUUAUCGGCGUCGCUGCAUUCUUCCUCAUCAAGGACCUGUUCUGGGGCGAAUACGUGGAACGGGUCCACUCGACCUUGUACACGGUCGAUGAUGACGACCGGUGCACGACCAUACUUGCCGACUAUAGAUUUGGACUCGUCGACGAUAACAACGAGCGCCUGGAGAAGGAGAUCCGGGCCCAGAUCCGCUCCUGUAAUGCAUUCGAGCCCAUGGGGGACACCAUCCAUGGCUUCCAGUGGCAGGAGUGGGCGAUUGUAUAG